AUGGCACCUGCGACUGCCGUGCUGAAACCGCUUCUUGGUACCUUGGCCGGUAUUGUUGGCAUCUACGCAGCCUUCAUCUCGCUUCUCACUAUCCCAACGCUGCAGGAUCAUGUCAUCUACCUGCAUCGUGUAACGCUUACUUGGUUUCAAGACGUGAAUGUACCCGAGCAAUGGGGGUUUCUAAGAAAUCAAGUCACGCCUUUCCACUUGAAGACGCCCGAUGGCGAGACUCUGCAUGCGUGGCACAUUUUGCCAUUGGAGACGUAUCGUCAGCAUCAAGAUGAGCUUCGCGACGAGCCUACAGGGCUAUGUGAAGAUGUCGAAAAACGGCUGUCGUUCAACCUGCUGAAAGACGACCCUACGGCACAGCUGGUCGUGUACCUCCACGGGGCAGCAGGAACAUUGGGCUCGGGCUGGCGACCACAGAGCUAUCGAGCGCUAUCUGCAGCGUCCACAAAUGUCCAUGUGCUCGUUAUCGACUACCGCGGCUUCGGCACAAGUACAGGGUGGCCAUCAGAAGCCGGGCUUCUGACUGACGCCCUUACGCUUGUCGACUUUGCAACACAGACAGCAGGUGUUCCUCCAGAGAGAAUAGUCGUAUUUGCGCAAUCCAUCGGAACAGCCGUAGCGCUAUCCCUCACGCACCACCUAGCUACGCAAUCACCUCCUGUGCUCUUCGCUGGUACCGUGCUAGUCGCGCCCUUUGCAGACGUAGCCUCGUUGACCAAGACAUAUAAAGUAGCCGGCACAAUUCCGCUACUAUCGCCCGUAGCUCUCUUUCCUAGGCUGCUCACGCUGCUAAAUCACUUCAUCGUCAGCAAGUGGCCGUCGCAGGAAAAACUGGCUGCGCUCGUCAGACAUCUGGAUUCGACUAGGAUCCAAGGCCGCACAUGCAAGUACGACAUCACCCUCAUUCAUGCCGAAGACGACUACGAUAUCCCCACGGUGCACUCAGAUGUCUUGUUCUGGCAUGCUGUGAACGCCACGCUAGAUACCGAAUCGUCCGUGACGUUUGAAGACCUGGAAAGGAGAAAGGUUGUAGAGAGGGUUCCACUUGGUGCGGGAGGAUGGGAGAUGGACUGGCGUGGGGAGGGAGGGGUUGUCCGCGAGCAGAUUGUGAAGCAUGGUUUGCACGAUCGCAUUAUGAGCUACCCAGUCGUCAGUCUCGCGGUUGCUCGGGCUUUUCAUAGUCAGGAUGAGGUAAAGAAUUGA